AUGAAGGACCAGUAUAAAAGGCAGCCCAGAUCCCAGCUCUCCCAUCCUCUUCUCUUGUCUCCUUCUCAUUGGGAACCAGUCAUGUCCUGCUACACCCAGUGUGUGCCAUGCCGGCCCUGCGGCCCGACCCCUCUGGCCAGCAGCUGCAAUGAGCCCUGUGUCAGGCAGUGCCAGGACUCCACCAUCGUCAUUGAGCCCUCUCCCGUGGUGGUGACCCUGCCCGGACCCAUCCUCAGCUCCUUCCCGCAGAACACCGUUGUGGGCUCCUCCACCUCCGCUGCUGUUGGCCGCAUCCUCAGCUCUGAGGGCGUGCCCAUCACCUCGGGGGGCUUUGACUUGUCCGGCUUGGGCAGCCGCUCCUGUGGCAGAAGGUGCCCGCCCUGCUGAAGCCGCUGGUCCCGGAGAAAUUCUCCAGAAAACAGGAACAU